ACGACACUGUUUCGAUUUACGUUGCCAGCCGUGCGGCGUGUAUUGUUAGUGUUGUUAUUAGCAUUAAGGCUAAUGUCUCUUUCACUCUGUCUAUCACUCUCUUACUUACUAAUAUUCCAAAAGCUCUCGUCUCAGGCUCAAACCCUUUCAGAUGUGGUCUUCACUAACGAUCACAACGGCGACUACGACCUCUAUUAGUAUUAUUAUUAAUAAUAAUAGUAGUAGUAGUAUUAUAACCGAUUGCUGCUGCUACUACUGCUGCUGCUUCCAUCUCCGCCACCACCACAGCACCUCUCCAUUCCACCCUCUGGAGCCUUAUAUUUCUUUCACUGAUGUGAAAAAUAAUUAGAAAAAUAACUGUUGCUACGGUUACUACUGCUGCUACUGCUGGCCGUCAUCAUCAUCACCACCAUCCUGAUGCCCUGUAAUCCUGUAACGUGAGACCAGUAGAAUGUCAUCAUCGGGCGAUAUCAUUUGGGACACGUCCUACUUCAGGGCUGCCUGCCUCAGUUGUGUGGCUUUCCUCAUCAUUUAUAAAUAUGUCAGCCCUAUUUUGUCAGCAUUUGUAUUCCCUGGAUACCUUCACCUACACACAGAGAAGAAAAUUGACUGGAAUACACGGGUCAUAUCCAGUAUCCAUGCUGCUGUGGUCAGUUCUAUGUGUGCGUACACACUGCUGUAUGAUGCAGGGCUCAGCAAAGAUCCCAUCUGGUGGGAUGCCCCAGUGGUGAGAACUAGUUGUGCCAUUGUGGUUGGCUACAUGGUUGCUGAUCUUAUAAUCAUGACUGUUCAUUAUAAAACUAUAGGAGAAGUGUUCUAUUUCUUUCACCAUGGGGCAUCUAUAUAUGCUUAUGUUUAUGUUAUGACAAUUGGAGUAUUACCAUAUUUUGCAAAUUAUCGACUCAUUGCUGAAUUCUCUACACCUUUUGUUAACCAAAGGUGGUUCCUAGAUGUGCUUGGCUAUGAAAAGAAAAGCUCCCUGUUUGUGGUGAAUGGCAUUGUCAUGACUAUUGUGUUUUUCCUCGUCCGGGUGGCUUGCAUGCCUCUCUACUGGUACAAGGUGUAUAGUGUGUGUGGCACACAUUCAUUCAUCACCCUAGGACAUAUGCGCUAUGUACUGGUGUUCACCUGUGUUGUGUUGGACAGCAUCAAUCUAUACUGGUUCUACAGAAUGUGUGCUGGGGUGCGCAAAGUCCUCACCUCACAUGACAAAAAUCGAAACAUAAAGACACAGUGAUUCUGGAAAUUGCUGGAGCAAGCGUUAUAGCAGUAUUAGUAGUCGUAGGAGUUGCUGGAGGUGGGUGAGGUGUACAGUGAAAACCGAUGUACUACUUGACACAAUAUGAACUGUAUACCUGUAAAUGUGUGUGUGUGUGUGUGUAAGGGUGUAUGUAACAUAAACAAGGAUAUUAAUACAUACAUACAUACAUAUAUGUGUAUUUGUGUGUUUA